UGUCAAGGUUUAUUAACCUCCAUUUGUUUUGUAGAAAUAAUGUCUUUUUAGAUUUUUUGCAACGGUAUGUCAUUAAUAGCCUUCUUUAUAUCCAGAACACGUCCAAAAAGUGAGUACUAGUGGAUAAUCAUCAAGACAUAUUGUAUUUCUAGGUUGUGAGGUAUCUGCAGCAAUUGUUUUGCAGAACACACACGUUUCUAUACCUAUUUAUACUAUCUUUAUAGACUACAACAUAAAAAAAAUCAUUGAAAUCGAGCAAUAUACACGAUGGCGGCAGAACCGAGUGAUUUUGUAACGUUGGUGAGGCAACUUUUAAAUCAUGGAGAUAUUGAUCGAGUGUUAACAGUGUUUAGUGAUGAAAAAAAUAAGACUGAAAUAGUGGAUGUUUCGUGGGAACUUCUACCCAUUCUGACUCAGUAUUUAACUUCUGAUUAUGGAAAAAACAGUGAAAAACUGUUCAAGGGCUGUGAAGAAUUGCUGCAGGUUGUGGCAGAUACAGCAAACCCUGAAGAGACAGUGCUGCAGUUCAUAGAAGAACUUGAAGAAUCUACAGAUGACAUACAGUUUUUAACUUUACUGAAAAGCAUCCCCAAAGUUCUGUGCAGGAUAUCCCAGAAGAGAACCAAUUCAGUAGGAUGGUGUUACAACUCUAUUCACAGCUACUUACAGCAGUGUGAAGUGCCUGAAUGUUGUGGAUUAGUAGGCAGAGAAAAACUGUUGCUUGAUAGUAAUGAAAAAGUGCAGCGAAUUUUGUUCUUAUAUUCUGAGAUUCUACAAAUUUAUGAUGAGUUUUUUGAAAGAAUUACCCCCUCAACUACUGAAGAAUCUAAUGAACAUGACUAUAUCACUAAGAAGUUUCUUGUAGAUCUUCUUGGCAUGCCUCUUGUGUACUUAGAUGUGGAAAUAUUUAAUAAUGUCAAAAGCAAAGCAAGACUGAUUGCUGAAAAUAUAGUGGGAAAGAUAUUCAAUAUUAUUUAUGAUCCUAUGACUUUAACUGUUAGAAAAUGUGUGGAUACGAUUGAUGAUCCAGUUGAUGCCAAUGUUGAAGCAGUUGCGUCAUUAUUCUACCUAAUAUUCAGUGAAGAAGUAUAUUUACAGCAGGUUCCUAAGGUCUAUGAUCCAGAUUUCUUCUUUUACAAUACCUUACAUCUAAGUGUAGCCUUACUUGAAUUUGAUCAUCAAAUUGUUGUAGAAAAAGGAAUUAAGUUCUCCAUAUCAUUAUUACAACAUAUAGAACAUAGAGAGACACCUUAUACACUCUUAGAUUCUCAAUAUCCCAAAAGAUUCUUAUUGGCUUUGUCUAAUAUUAUUGUUUACAAUAAACUUGAUAUACUGAGAAUUGCUGCUCUAGAUAUUUAUAAAAAAUUCAUUACAUCUUUUGAUCCUAAAGGAAAAUAUCUCGUAAUAUAUAACUUAGUGGAUCAUUUAAACCAUUCUGGAUUAAAGGGUUUUACAAUAACACUUUAUAAAGAAGAACUAGCUGUACAAUUGAGACUUAACAAUAACAUGUCUUGUUAUUUUCAAAAUAAAUAUUUAUUCAGUAUAUUGAGCAAAGUGUGCUAUCUACAUAAGAAGGAAGAGAGUGACUUGGUUGAAAUAUCUGACCAAAUUAUAGCAGCUUUGAAUUUAUUACGUUAUCUAUUGCUUGCAGAUAAAGAAAAUACUUCUCUAUAUAUGUGUUACAUAGAUGACAUAAAAUUGAUGUUUUUAGACCCUCUCAGGAAGGGUAUAGAUUUGUCAAGAGCACAUUAUCAGUUGAAAGUAAAGGAGAUUCAGGAGGAUAUGGUUACUAGUGAUAAGAGUAAACCAUCUUCUGAUAUCAAUAUUGUGGUUGGCGGUAAGAAUUUGGGAUUGAUGCCAAAAACUGAAAAAUUGGACGUGCUUAAUAUGUCAAUGACUGUUUUUGAUGUUAUGGAUAGCUUACUUAGUAGAGUAGAAGAGAUUAUCGAAAAUAAAAGGAGGGAUAAAAUUACAAACUGUUAG